AUCGAGCCUAACCUCUGACCAUCAUCCCGAACGGUGAACGCGACGACGAACUGGCGAGGUGAAUCCUGCGAGGCUGUCAGCGUCGUAGCCUCCUCGUCUCUUUCCAUCUCGUCUGCGCAGAAUAAAGCCCGUUUAGUGUAACCGCUGAGAGCGCGAGUACAAAAAGAAUCGCUGCAGAUGGAAUUCACGAACACGGCGUGGCUGCAGCAACAAAUCUCGGACCUGUCGCAGCACGUCGACGGGCAGCAUGCAGCGAGCGACGAGUGGAAGGAUCCGCCGGCGAGCGCGUCGGCGGUGUCGGGGGCGGGCAUGGACCUGAGCGAGUUUUUGGGUGAUCUGUCGGGUCCUUCAUCCUCCUCCGGCUCAAACGUGGGAUCGUCGUCCACGCCAUUCUACACCUUUGGUCACAGCUUCUAUCCGCCCAGUGUCAGUGCCCCGGGUCCCUACAACGCGGUCGCCUAUGGUACAUCGCAAUGGAGCGCCCCGUCUCCUCAGCUCCCUCUAUCGAGUUACUCCUCUCUCAAUGGUGCCACAAGCGCAUCGCCGUCGGGCCAACAUCAGCCGGGGUCGUCGUCAUCGUCGGGUAUGAUGAUCGACCCCGUUUUGACGACCAUGAAUGGCUCGGCCUCGUCACCCCCUCCACAAUAUCAGCAUUCCCAGCAACCGUUCUCGCCUUUCCAACCACUUUCGCAACCUCAGCAACGAGCCCAGUAUCAAUAUCAGCAACAACCUCAGCAAUCUACGUUUUCCGUUAAUUCACCUUAUGUUCAUACUACGUCUGCGCAUUACCAGCAACCACCUGUAUCUCGACUGGCACCGCAUCAAUCACAGCAUCUUCAAUCGCAAACCCAAGCUCAACAAAUGCAGCCGCAAGGCACUCUUUCUCCCUCUGUCCUCCACUCUUCAAGUACCCUACUGAGCGCGCUUCCUCCGUCGUCCUUCUAUGGAGCACCUCCACCUACGCCGGCGCCGCCGAAGCCUGUGGCACCCACUCCCGAACAGCGCAGGGCCGCCUUGCAAGCAGCUAUCAAGCCUCUUCUGACGCCGACCUCAUUCACUGGAGCUGGCGCCGUCGCGCAACUGGCAGGCCACAUUGACGACUACGGUAUUUUGGACGUGGAACCUCGGAUCAGGAUGGAAAUUCUGAGCAAGAUGCGAGACAACGCCGGCAACCACUACUUCCGCGCCUGGGGCGAAAACGAAGACGCGAUGGAGAUCACUCGGGAGUGGCUGAAGUCUGCAUUUGCUGGGAAGGAUGAUGGUGGAUUGUUGGAGACGGUCAUGCCUCUGCUGCAAACCAUCGAUCGCUUACCCAUGACCCUUGAGAGUCUCAAGGCUUCCAAGCUUGGCAAGAUCAUCGUUAAGCUCGUCAAAGAUCCUCCUGCACCAGCGAUCAAAGAUAUGGCGUCGAAUCUGGAACGUAAAUGGAGGCGGCUUCUAGUCUCCAGUCACGAGGAGUCGAAACGGAUGGACGUUGACGAUGACCCGAAAGGCAAGAAGCGAAAGGCGGAGGCCGCGUCGACGAAGGCUGCACCCGCCUCGAAGAAGGCCGCUAUCUCGACUUCGACGACUUCGUCGAAGCCAGUCGCCGUCAAGAAAGAGGCAAAACCUGUCGUCAAGGAGGUCAAGGAUGCAAAGUCGGACUCUUCGUUCUUCUCUGCGCCGAAGCCAAAACCGAGGUUGCCAAGCUUUAAGAAAGCUCCGCCACCACCUAUCGUCAAGAAGGAGCUGGAUCCGAAUGUCGCCCAACCGUCGUCGUUCAACCCAUUCGAGGAAGCGCUUAAGUCGAUGGCGAAAUCUCGCAAGGAUUCGCCCGCCACAGCAACGCCGCCACCUGCCCCUGUGUCCGCACCUCUCACGACUGCAGCUACAAGCCUGACCGCGUCCGGCAAGCCAAAGAAGCGUGUCACCUGGGCACCCGAGGGCGAACUCGAGCGAAUAAAGCUCAUUGAGCGUGCGAUAUACGACGAUGAUCCUUCAGAUGGUUUGCUCUCGACGCACAACAUCCGUGAUCUUGACCGAGACGAGGGUGCCGCGUUGCACGCCCAUCUUUUCGAUGACCAGAUCGAGUGGUACGAACCAAUCUUACUCGAAAUGCCUCCGGAAAUCGACGUUCGGCCGAGAGGGGAAGAGAGUCAAGAGAAGGCCACGCAAGAGGAGCGCGAGCAGGGAGCAUUGGUCGCUCUUUACGUCUCGGAAGCGCAAAUACCAGCGAGUCCGGAUGAGCCGCCCACGCAGCUCGCGGAGGAGCAGGCUGACGAGGGUGUCAAGGUAAUGCUGACGGGACCUGAUGUCGACGCUAUCUUCUGGACUGCGGGGGCACCAGCGGCUGUCGAGCCACCGAAACAGUCUGUAGCUGAGCUGGUAGGGCAGCUUGCUGCUGCGAGCGGGGGCGAUGCGUUCGCAGGGAGUACAUCAGCUGGUGCACCACCACAGUUGGAUUCCAAACCAUUCGGACUCGAUACGAAUGUCAUUCAGGCGUUGCCCAACAUGAAUCCGGAGCAGCUCCAGCAGCUCGUCCAAGCUCUGAGUCAGCAGAACCAAAGCGGCAUCAUCCAACCGCAGACCCCCGGACAGCCUGCCCCGAGCGCCGACUGGAACGCGGCGCGAUACCCGCCCGAAUUCCCCAACGGUGCCGGAGGGUUCCACGACGAAGGCCCGCCUGAUCAACGCUGGCCUGAAGAGAGGGCAGGCGGUCGGGGAGGACAUCGCGGGCGAGGCAGAGGCCGCGGGCGAGGAGGAGAGCCACAUAGAAAUAAUAAACGGAGACUAUGCAAUUUCUACGCAUCAGGAAGAUGCAAGUAUGGGGAUCAAUGCGACUUCAGCCAUGAACUUCCAAUUUAUUGACUUCUAUGUAUCACGCUUUCGCAUGUCUCGCUAUUGGUUGGGCAAUACAUGUUUUCCAGUCAUCUUCGGUCAUGGUCCCAUCUCCUUGGACUGAGG